UGGAGGCAGAGGGAGGGAGGGAAGGAGGGAAGGAAGGAAGCUGGGAAGAAGCGAGCGAGCGAGCGGGGGCGCGAGGCGUUUACCUGGAGGCAGCGGCUUGGGCGCUCAGAGGGGCCGUGGCUCCCCCGCACCUGCGGCCAUGGAUGAGGAGCGCGCCCUCUACAUCGUCCGGGCCGGCGAGGCGGGGGCUAUCGAGCGGGUCCUGAGGGAUUACAGCGAUAAGCAUAGGGCUACUUUCAAAUUUGAAUCAACAGAUGAAGAUAAAAGAAAGAAACUCUGUGAAGGCAUAUUUAAAGUCCUUUUAAAGGACAUCCCAACAACAUGUCAAGUGUCCUGCCUGGAAGUUCUCCGCAUUCUCUCCAGAGACAAAAAGGUUUUAGUUCCUGUAACAACUAAGGAAAAUAUGCAGAUACUGCUGCGACUAGCCAAGCUAAAUGAGUCGGAUGAUUCUUUGGAGAAGGUGUCAGAGUUCCCAGUUAUUGUGGAGUCAUUAAAAUGUCUUUGUAACAUAGUGUUCAACAGUCAGAUGGCACAGCAGCUCAGCCUGGAACUUAACCUUGCUGCAAAGCUCUGUAACCUCCUGAGAAAGUGCAAGGACCGAAAGUUUAUCAAUGACAUUAAGUGCUUUGACUUGCGCUUGCUCUUCGUCCUGUCACUUUUGCACACCGACAUCAGGUCACAAUUGCGCUAUGAGCUCCAAGGACUACCGCUGCUAACCCAGAUCUUGGAAAGUGCCUUUAGCAUCAAGUGGACCGAUGAAUAUGAAUCGGCCAUAGACCGUAAUGGACCUCCUCUCUCACCUCAGGAGACAGACUGUGCCAUUGAGGCCCUCAAAGCUCUCUUCAAUGUGACGGUAGACAGUUGGAAGGUGCAUAAAGAGGGUGAUUCUCAUCAGUUCCGUGUCAUGGCAGCUGUUCUUCGCCAUUGUUUACUAAUCGUAGGUCCAACUGAAGACAAAACAGAAGAGCUACACAGCAAUGCAGUCAACCUUUUAAGCAAUGUUCCGGUCUCUUGUUUGGAUGUUCUCAUUUGUCCAUUAACCCAUGAAGAAACAGCCCCAGAAGCAACGACACUAGAUGAACUGCCCAGUGAUAAAACAGCUGAGAAAGAAACAGUUUUGAAAAAUAAUACCAUGGUAUACAAUGGUAUGAAUAUGGAGGCCAUUCAUGUUUUACUCAGUUUUAUGGAGAAGAGAAUAGACAAGGGAAGCAGCUAUAGAGAGGGUCUAACUCCAGUUCUCAGCUUAUUAACAGAAUGUUCCCGAGCCCAUCGAAACAUCAGAAAAUUUCUCAAAGAUCAGGUUUUACCACCACUGAGGGAUGUGACAAAUCGACCUGAAGUUGGCUCAACUGUGAGAAAUAAGCUGGUGCGCCUCAUGACACAUGUUGACCUGGGAGUCAAGCAAAUUGCUGCUGAGUUCCUUUUUGUCCUUUGCAAAGAGAGAGUGGAUAGCCUGCUGAAAUACACUGGCUAUGGGAAUGCUGCAGGACUGUUGGCGGCCAGGGGCCUCUUGGCUGGAGGAAGAGGAGAUAAUUGGUACUCAGAGGACGAGGACACAGACACUGAAGAAUACAAAAAUGCAAAACCAAACAUUAAUCUUAUCACUGGUCAUUUAGAGGAACCAAUGCCAAACCCCAUAGAUGAAAUGACAGAAGAACAAAAAGAAUAUGAAGCCAUGAAACUUGUCAACAUGCUUGAUAAACUUUCCAGGAGAGCAGAUGUGAACGACCUGCACCAGGAUGGUGGUUAGCAACAGUGGCCCGUGCCAAAGCACUUACCAAAGUGAUGACUAAGGUUGGUCAUGCCAAGUACUGUUACUGAGCCUGGUGUAGGGUACAGAUGUUAUUUACCACCAAAACUGUAAAACCACCAAUGCAAAAAUUAAAAUUACAUUUCCAUUUUGCCUCCAUGCCGGACAUAGCCACUGCCUCAAGUUGCUCACCACCUUAGCAGCUUUAUCUCAGCUAGAUUUUUAAGGAUACUGGAGAGAUUAGCGCUCAAACAUUUUCUUCCCAUUGACUACCAACUGACAGUAUAUUCCAAGUGAUUUUUUUAAAUUUUUUUUUUAGUAUAAGGAUUGUAUUUGUGACAGAUGUAGAUAAGGGGACUGGCAAUGGACCUAGAGGUCUUAAGAGUUUGAGAAUAAUUUGAACCCCAUAAAUCCCAUCAUGUCUAGCUAGUACAGUGCCUUGUACCCUGUGGUUUCCCCAGUGUGUGAUGAUGAAAUAAUGUAUAAAGCAGAUCCCCAAAUUGAAGGUUAAUUUUUUGCUCAAUAAAAUAGCCUACAUGGUUUAAAGACUUGAAAGUAUACUUUUGUCAGUUCCAUUUCUUGGCCAGAUGUCAUAAAAUUCAGGUCUGGGAAGGAAUUCUAUAAGGUACUUUGGCCCACGACUGGCUAAUUUAAAUAUUGGGGUACCUAACUUCUUUAAUAUAGAAUGAUAAUAUUUAUCAGACAUAAGCAUAAGGCCUGAGGCAUAAGAUUAUAGAAAGCUUCAUUUGACAUUUUUUUUAAUGUGAGAACAGAGGUGGAAAAGGGAAUGAAAUUUGCCUGCCUCUCCACCUCCUCUUUCCUUUUCUGAAUUGGAAAAAAAAUAAGCCCCUGCAAUUUAAGCGGGAGAUUAGAAUGGGGAUUGUAUGUGGUUAAGCAAGUCCAGUGUGGCUAAGACAACUGCAUUCACCUCAGCUACAGCACACGAGCCGCAUGUAGUGACGCGGCCUCCUCCACAAAAGGGGAGAGAGGAUUGACUGGCUUAAGCCUAAGUUAACCAAGGGAAGUAAUAUUUCAAGUUUCAGUUUUGUUUUGACUUUUCUAAUCCCAUUUAGUUUCUUAAUUGGAACCAGGACUGAUUAAUCUUCUACUCUGCCCUUACCCCAUCACUGUUUAACAAGGUACAUUGCCUUUAUUGCUUAUAUAUUCUAUCAAAAUCUGCUAAAAUUUACAUUUAUAUAAAUAAUUGUUUUCCAUUUCUUCCUUUUCUUAUCUACUCCUUAUCCAAUAUAUAUAUUUUGCCAGCCUUUGUGUAGUAUUUGGGACAUGGCUUUCUUAGUAAAUGCAAGUAUCAAAUAUAGGAAUAGUUCCCCUUUAAUCCAAAGGUUAUUUUUAAACUUAUGGAAGCUGGGACAGGUAAUUUAUGACUGAAAAGUAAUAACUACAUAAUUUUUUUCUUGUAACUAAAUUACUUUACUCUACUUACAAAAAUAACUGUGAUUACUCCCACCUUUAUGAUGACUUAAUCAAGGAAAUGCUUUUUAGGUACAUUUCAGAAAUAUGAUCCAGUCUUUAUAGCACUGUGAGAUCUAUUUUAGGUACGAAAGUGUCAAGAUCUUAAUUUACAUCAGAAAAUCCUUUGGAUCUGCACUGUCCAAUAUGGUAACCACUAGCCAUAUAUGACUAUGGCUAGUCUGAAUUGGAAUGUCCUGUAAGUGUUAAAUACUCAGACUUUCAAAGACUCAGUACAAAAAGAGAAUGUAAAAUAAAUAUCUCAAUUGUUUAAUAUGGAUUUUAUAUUGAAAUAAUAUUUUUGAUAUAUUGGAUUAAACAUAUUAUUUUAUAAUUAAUUUUACCUAUCUUUUCUCACUUUUUCUAUGUGGCUACUAGAACAUUUAAGAUUACAUAUAUGGCUUACAUCAUAUUUGUAUUAGAUAGCACUGUUCUACAUCAUUAAAAUACACUGCAAUGUUGCUUAGAAGCUUAAUUAAGGGAACUUGGAUCCAGUUAAACUGAUAUACCCUUAAAGUGGUAGGGGAGGACUAAUUUGAGAAGCUGGCUGGACGUCUCUUAGUAGGAUGCCACGCAAACUUAGUAUUGCCCAUCAUUGGCCUUUAACUCUGUAGUAGGAGUGAGUGCCUACUUUGAGCUCUUGGUUUAAGCACUAGGUGAAAUGACUUCUGUUUAUCAGAGAAACAUCAAAUAAGAAUAAUCUCCAUUGACUGUUUGUUUGCUCUCAGUCACCCUCCUCCUUUAACUUUUAAGACUUUCUGAUUGAUUGAGAAGAGCAUGUACGAACUACCAUUUCUACUGCUUUAUUCAACAGUGUCAGCUGGCAUGCUGACCUCUUAUUAAUAUUUAUUUUGCUAAUUUUGGACAACAGGAAAGAAAGGUUCUGUAGAGAAAUUACCAAGAAAUAAAGAUCACCUUCACUUAAGGACAAAACUGAGUUUUAUUUUUCGAGCACUAUCCCUAACCUCUUCUCUAUAUUUUCUUAACCAUGCUCUUUAAUGUGAGGUAGAUAGCAAAUUUUUAGAAGCUUUGCAUGUGAUCUUCUAACAGAAAUGAGAAUAAUAAAAGACUAAUAUUUAUAUAGUGCUUUAAAGUUUAAAAAGUAUCUCCACUGACUGUUAAAACAGCCCUGUGAAUUAGAUAGGGCAAGAGAUAUUUUAUUGAGGAGUAAAUGGGACCAGUGAUGAAGUGACUGAACCAAGAUCAGGCAUCUGGUUAAUGACAUAGUCAGGAUUUGGUUCUUAGUCUUCAUAUUCCAGAUCUUAUGUUAUUUUGAAAAAUUACCAACAGCUCUCAGAUUUGUCAGUCUGAUUAUUUUUAAUAAUAUGCUCUAAAUUUUAAAUAGAUGCAAAGCACGAAGACAGAGAGUAAGCAUAUUUACCUGACAAAGAAAUUAAGAUUUGGAGGCCAUUCAUUCAUUCCUGCUUUUUCAUUCCAUAGUUGAGCUUUUCUCAAAUAUCAAGUCAGGUCCUAAGUAGCUUAUAUCAAAAACAGAAAACAAACAGAAACAACUUCAUAUGAAGGAAACCAGUAAAACUGCUAUGAUUCUAUGUUAAUAAAGUCUUUUAAUUAUUUUGAAAAUAGAAUGAUUAUAGGUAUUCUAACAAAUUCUUACAUUCAGUGUGAUCAUAUUAAGAAAAUUAACUUUAGAAAGACUUACUUACUUAUUUACAGGACUGUUGCCUGUUUAGGCAACUCCUGAAGUGGAAGGACAUGGUGUAGAUAACAUGCCAUAUCCAUUUGUCUUGGGAAUGAUAUUUUUAUGUUACGUAUUUUACCUUCCCAAUUAACUGUACCCAAUCCCAAAGCAUAAUGGUGAGGCUGAGGGAAGGAUCUCAGAAAUGGUUUUGAAAAAAUGCAGCUUGAAGACCUCGAAUUUGGUAUAGAAAAGUCACCACACCUCUCCUGCCUACUGGGUUAGUGGCUUAGUGAAAGAACAGUAAAACCAACCAGUCAGCACUAGGAAGCCAUUAGAUGAAAGAUUAUACUGAAAGACGAAGGAUCAGCAAAGGACACUCUUUCAUAGUAUAUAACUGAAUAUGUUAACCAGUGCCAAAGGUUGUUUUAAUUUCUGUGAGGAAAAAAGCAUUAAAAACACUUAAGAAUAUCACAAGUUAUUGGGAAAUCCAUUGUACUUCAGUGGAUUAUGGACUGUUCCAUUGAUACUGAAAUCUUGAAAUAAGAUGCACUCUCAGACUUGGAAUUAUAGCAAAGAUUACAGAGCUUCUUUCUCCGGGCUCUCACAGGCUCCAUUACAGCAGGCACUUUUGGAAAAGCUCUGUUAAUUAAAAUGCUUUAUUUAUAUACUAAUUUUCAUCCUAUCUUUCAAAUGUGAAAGGGAAUUAAAUAUGAAAUGGCUAAUUUUAAAUGUCAGGGUUCUUUUUUUUCCAAGCCAACCUUACAUUAAGAACAGGAAUCCCUGUGCCAAAGAAAUGGUUCCCAAUUAUGCCAUCAUGGGUUUUGUUAUACAUUGUACAGAAGUCAACAAAACAAGUAGGUAACAGGACCUGCCUAAAUAGCAGCCACCCUCAUUAAAAUCAGAGAAUUAAUCAGGGGGUGAUUGAAGGAAGCAAUGCUUCAUAGGCUCCCCCUUUUUCUUCUUUUCUAAUCAUAGAACAAAAUAUGUUACAUAAAAGGAUCGGAACUAUUAUGCAGUACUCAAUUAGAGGGAGGUGAAUAGGUCUCUAACAUGCUGUUUUAUCAAAAGAGCAGACUGGUGU